ACAAGGAAGGAGAAGUCCAAAGAAUUACCACCGGAACCGUCUCGACUACCGUAUUCCGCUGACAAUAUAAUUGAACGAAGACGGGACUCGCACAUCUUCCCGACAAAAGAUGGAAUCGAUCACAAAGAAAUUCUACAACAAUCUCUUCCGCUCAUCAACAUCCGUGUCAAGCGUAUUCCCCACUGGAGAUACCACCAUGGAUUCUGGCUGUUGAAGUACGAGCCGCAGUCCAGACCAUGA